CUCAGUGCAGGGGAUGUCUUAGUGCCUGUCCCAUCUCCCUCCAAAAACUAUUAAAGAGAGACAUGGAUCAAGCAGAAGAACUUUGUGCAGACAGGAGGAAAGGCUUCCCCUCACUGGACAAAAAAAAGAGCGGUGGCUGGAGAACCGUGGUGGGAUUUUUGUGCCUGUUCCCUGUGGUGGCUCUGCUGGCGGUUGUGGAAUAUCCAGCUGGAGCUGCAGUUCAGGAAAGCCAGGAAGAUGCCACAUCCCCUGGCCUGUGUGGAGAGGGUUCCUCAGCUUUGCAAAGCCCGGCUUUCCCUCCUCGUCCUCCAGUGCGGAGAAAACGCUACACGAUCACCCCGGGGCACUUGAGAUGGGACCACUUCAACCUGACCUACAAGAUCCUGUCCUUCCCAAGGAACCUGCUGAGCGCCAGGGACACGCGCCGGGGGCUGGCGGCCGCGUUCCGCAUGUGGAGUGAGGUGUCCCCGUUCAGCUUCAGGGAGGUUCCCCGGCACCUCCCCAGCGACCUCAAGAUCGGCUUCUACUCCAUCAACCACACGGACUGUCUGGAGUCCCUCACCCACCACUGCUUCGAUGGCACCACGGGGGAACUGGCCCACGCCUUCUUCCCACCCCAUGGGGAAAUCCACUUCGAUGACCACGAGUAUUGGAUCCUGGGGAACACCAGGUUCAGCUGGAAGAAAGGUGUUUGGCUGACAGACCUGGUCCAUGUAGCAGCUCAUGAAAUAGGCCACGCCUUGGGCCUGAUGCACUCUCUGAACCCCAACGCCCUCAUGCACAUCAACGCCACCCUGACUGGGAAAAAGACCAUCUCCCAGGAUGAGGUGUGGGGAAUCCACAGGCUUUAUGGCUGCAAAGACAGAUUAUUUAUGUGCCCAGCAUGGGCAAAAAAAGGCUUCUGUGAGAAGCGCAGGAAGCUGAUGAAGAAGCACUGCCCAUCCACCUGUGACUUCUGCUACGAAUUCCCAUUUCCAACGGUGCCCCCGACUCUGCCCCCGCCAAGGACCAAGACCAAGAUGGUUUCUGAGGGCAGGAACGUCACCUUCCGCUGCGGGCAGAAGAUCAUCCAUAAAAAAGGCAAAGUCUACUGGUAUAAAGAUAAAGAGCUUCUGGAAUACUCAUAUCCAGGUUAUUUAUCCUUAAAUGAAGAUCACAUGAGCAUCAUUGCAAAUGCAAUUAAUGAAGGAACUUACACUUGUAUAGUGAAGAAAAAAGAAAGGAUCCUGACUACUUAUUCCUGGAGAAUCAGACUGAAGCACUGACAAGGCCCUGGAAUGAGCUCCUUCAGUUCCUGUUAGUUCUGUUUCAAACUGUUUCUUUGGCAUUUUUAUAUUUAAUUUCCAGUAGUGCAACUGAACUUCUCCAUCAGCUGCUUCCUCACCCUGGGCAAAAGAGACUCUGAGACUGGUUACUGGAAUGUAAAACUCUUCCCAAUUAGUUUUAAUGACAAAGAAUUUAUCAAGUAUGUGCUGUACAGAGAAUUAAAAAAAACAUUUUUUUUUAAAGAAAAGCAUCAGAUGGUGCAGUUGAACUGUGUGGAUCCCUGGGAACUGCUGGAAAACAGGAGCAGAACUGCAUCAGCCCCCGGGAUGGCUCAGCUGGGCUGCACUGGAGGCAGACUGGGGAAGGAAAAAGGAGCAGUUUAAUACUCUGGAAGUGUUUCUGCCCUGGUUUUGGAUCCUGGUGCUCUGCAAUAGAAGAAGUUCUACACAAGUCUAAGCCCCAGGAUCCCUUUUUCUCCUCCUGCUCAGGAGGAGGGUGUGGGGCACAGCAGCCCUGUCUCACUCAACUCCUCAGUCCACCAUGGGCAGGUCAAGUAUCCCCAGAACAUCUUUUCCCCCCAGAUACCCUUCCCAGGGUUUGUAUUUAUUACUUUGAUCCCAACAGGCCCCGAGUGCUCAGAGCUUGUCCCUCAGGUGUCCGAGCAAGGAGCAGACAAGGUGAUUUCCAUCCCUAUCUUCCCCCAGGAUGAGGGAGAUGUGCCACAUCCAGCUGGAAGAGAGCACGAGGAGUGGUUGGCAAAGCUGGAGCGCAGUGCAGGGAAACUGGGAAGGGAAUAAUUCCAUGUCAGAUACAAACUCUGCAGUCAGUCAUGGUUUAAUCCUUGAGUUCACACAGGCUCUGCUUCCGUGGACUUCUGCUUUUCAAUGGGUUACUGAGCUCCCUCUCCGAGGAAUCUUCUGGAAUUGGGAAUGUUUCAGUGCACAGAGCAGUGACAGAGCUGUUUCUCCUUUGGGAGGACAGGGCUCUGCAUUCCUGCACAGGGAAAACAACCCAGCUGCUUCCAAACCUCACCCCAACUUCAGCACCUCCCCAUUCCAGCUCCAAGGCCUUUACCCAGAAAAAACCUCUUCAAAAUGUACUGGAAGGGAUAGAAUGUUUAUGAUUUCUGUUAAUCCUGUUCCUGGCCUGGUGCCCAGUUCUGACUGCUUGAAAAUUUGGUGUUUUCCAAACCUCCCUUGUUCCCAGAACAGAGCGAGCCCAUUAUAAAUCAGGAUCUGCAAGGGAUGUGCUAUUCCAACACAAUUCCUCCUCUGGUCUUUCCUGAGAAAGGGCUGGAAU